AUGGACCCUGACAUCUUUGACCUGCUCUUGGGUUGGCUUCGUGAUUGCAAGAUCGGACUCUUGGCGGUUGGAACAGUCGAGGCUGUUGGCUACCGACGGAGACAUGGCCUUCUGUUCACACAGCGGCCGCGCUACGCAUGGCCUUCUGAUGUCAGGAAAAGCCGCUUUCGGGCCAAGGGGAGCUCCCCGGCGAUGCCCAAAGUGCCCCCAGAGCAGCUGCAAGACUUUCAGGUGGCGGUGGACUUUUUGGGGCUGCGGUCGUACCUGGAUGUGGAGGGCUUUGGACGAGAUGGAUGGGCUUCAGAGCUCUCCAAAGAGGAGCCUCCGCCUAGAGCCGCUACUGGCGCGGCCAGUCCCGAGCGAAGCUUUCUGAAAGCUGCAGGCGCCUUCCUGGCCCCUUGGCGCGGAGCUGAGACACAGGCCUCCGAAGUUCCGGCGCACGUCGCUCCCGCACUCGGCGCUGGCGUCGAGCCGGUGGAGCCGCCAGCAGAGCCUCCGAAGGUGGUGGGAUGGUCACGUAAAGGCUCCGACCCCGCAGUGCAGCACGAAGAGGCGACGAUCUGCUGCAUGCCCGACACGCGAGCGCUGCGCAAGUCCUGUGCCGCGCGCGCCACGCGCGGUUACCAGAGCGGGACACAUCGCUUCGGAGUGAAGCUUCUCCCGUUGGGCGACCCCACGAGCGGCGGCGAACACCACGAGCGGCGCUGCUUCGUUGGUUUGGUGGCCUCGGCCUGGACUGGCACCUCCCAAGCCUUGGGCACCAAGUUGGCACCAAGUGGCACGUGGGCGGUGGCAUCGGAUGGUAGCACUUGGGCAGCUGGCAGGGAAUUGGAGAUGCUUCCAGUGAGCUUUGGGGAGGGAGAUUUGGUGAUCUUUGAGCUGGAUCUCCCUGCCCGUGGCUUGCGCUCUGCGACUCUAGUAGUGGAUGAACGCACCUUUGAGCAUGUCUUCACUGACCUGCCCGAGACAGUGUAUCCUGCGGUCUCGAACCUGGGAUCCUCGUGCCGCUUCCAACUCCUUUGCGACCUCCAGGCCGAAGCUGCGAGAACAUCGCCCAGCACGUGA